AUGACAGAGCCAAUAUGUUGCGGAGAGCUGCUGCCUGGUGUCGGCGUUCAGAAUACGAGAUCACAGCAUUUGCCUCCUCAAAAUCAAGGUCAUAAUAUAGACUCUAUACCUCUGCAUCUCUCUGGUAUUCCUCCUAAUCAAGCAGGAUACAUAAUACUUCCAAAAGCAAAUUUUAUUGUACCAAAAAAUAACUUACCACCACACCCUGGUGGCCAGAAUCGAAAACCAGAUCGUCGCCCUCCAAACGGUCCUCCUAAUAAAAACCGUUCUCAAAACAACAGAGAUCGGAGACCUCCUCCAGUAAGUAACAAGAAACCAAAUCCUUUGUUUGCUAAUGGACCGCAUCAACCAUCAAAUCAAAAUGUGAAAUUAAUUCUUCCCAAUGGACCAUACCCACCAAGACCUAAUUUUCAAUCAAAAUUUCAAGAUACUCUACCUCAAAAUAUUAAGCUAGAUCAGGCUGGCCCAAAUAGACCACCUAUAUUACCGAAUUUUCAACCUCAUCCUCCAGUGGUUGGCCCUCAUGUCAACCCAAAUGACUUUCUUCUGAAUGGCCCUCCACCACGAAAAGCUCCCAAGAGUAAAAACAGGCCAAAAAAUAAUCCAUUACAAGUUCCAGCACAUGAUUUAGAUAUGCCACAAGCGUUGAGUAAUGAUGGUUCUGAUGAUUUGAACCUGAACGCAGCAAUAUUAUCGCAGAUCGGUCAUGGAGAAGCUUUAGAUUUGUCUCAUUUGUUGGGUGCCCCACAGCAGGAGAACGAUCUUUUGGAACCCCCACGCUUGGAACAACCAGAACUUCAUGUUUUGCAAGACAAUGAGAAAUCAGCACAUGAAUCGCAAGAAGAGAAAAAAUCUUUGUAUGCUGAUCUGGGUAAAGCACAAGCAGAGCCUUUAAAGCAGCACGAGCCCACUCCAAAUUUUCACAUUCCGUUCCCCGAUUUUGCUGAACCUGAACCAAGUCCGCAAUUGCAACCGUCAAAUUUCCCACCGGGACCAAAUCUUGACGUAAAUAACCGAAUAAAUAUUCCUCAAGAAUCAAAGCAAAGUAAUGCAAUAAUUAGGCCAAAAUCUCCAGAUACAUUUGAUCAUGCACACGAAGAAAGUGCUCCAGUAUCCCUCUAUGGGCAAGUAUUGCCUGCUAGUGAGGCAGCAUAUGGGCAUGAAAUUAAUAGUUUUCCUAGUUUGCAUGAUGGUGGUGCACACGAUACAGAAGAAAGAUGGCCUGUCGUCAUGCCAGAAAUGCCAAAAAUCAUACACUUAGAUGUAAAGUGCGAAAAAAAUUUAAUGAGAGUCAACAUAGAUUUUGACAAACCAUUCCAUGGUAUCAUUUACAGUAAAGGACAUUUCAGCUACGGAAGAUGUGUGCACUUGCCUGCUGGCACAGGGCAUAACAGUGUUCAAUUCGAUAUUUCAAUAAAUAGCUGUGGGAUGCAGGGAAAUUCACCAUCAGGACAUUACGGUCCCACGGAAACUGGAUCGUACUUCGAAAACACUAUUGUUGUACAGUAUGAUCCAUUAGUUCAAGAAGUUUGGGAUCAGGCUCGAAAGUUACGUUGCAACUGGCAUGAUCAGUACGAAAAAACAGUAACGUUCAGACCUUUCAAUGUGGAUAUGCUUCAAGUCGUAAGGGCCGAUUUCGCUGGUGACAACGUAGGAUGUUGGAUGCAAAUACAAGUUGGCAAAGGUCCUUGGGCAAAUGAAGUAGCAGGAAUAGUUAGGAUUGGUCAAACUAUGACUUUAGUUUUAGCAAUUAAAGACGAUGAAAGUAAAUUUGAUAUGAUGGUUCGCAACUGUAUUGCACAUGACGGUAAUAGAGCUCCAAUAGAACUUGUUGAUUCAGCUGGUUGUGUGGCUAGACCAAAGCUGAUGAGUCGAUUCACAAAAGUCAAAAACUUUGGAUCAUCGGCUUCAGUACUAUCCUUUGCUCAUUUCCAAGCUUUCAAAUUCCCAGAUUCAACAGAAGUUCAUAUUCAAUGUACAGUCCAAAUUUGUAGACAUCAAUGUGAAGACCAGUGCAGUGUCCAUCGUAGGAAGCGUCAAUUGGGGCGUGGUGAAGUAAGAGAAGUCGGCCUUAAUGGAGUAUUACAGGUUGUUGCCGUGGAGGAUUUGACAUUUUCACCAUUCAAGAACAAAACCGACGAUACUAAAAUAGUUACAGAUAAAAGUCGUGUUUGUAUGUCUGCAUCUGGCUUUGCAGCUUCGCUCAUUUUGUUGCUGUCUAUUGUGAUUAUAUCAUCACUAAUUGCUGCUUUCCUGUUCUUGAAGCAACGAAAUGGAUCUAAGAUACCUACAUUACCUUAUGACAUGGCUACUUUCAAAAAACACAUGGAACUACAAGCAAAGAAAAAUAUGCAGCAACAAUGUGUGCAGCAAAAAAAAGUAUAA